AUGAAGUUCACGGAGGGAAUGUGGUUGUUGCGUGAAGGCGUCCAAAUCGACUGGAUGAACCAUGUCGAACGCGCCACCACCACCGAGAACACUAUUGACUUGCUCAUGGCCAAGACGCAGAGACAUCGAGGCGAUACCUUGAACUCCGGUACAGUUUCCGCGCACAUUUCUUCGCCCCAGCAAGGCAUUAUCGGCGUGAGGCUAGUGCAUUGGGAUGGUGGUGUCGAUCGGGGACCACAUUACGAGAUCAAGAACGAGUCACCGACAGAAGUACAAAUCGACAAUAAAAGCACAGAUCAGAUACGAUAUUCUAGCGGCCCAUUGACUUUGGCCGUUACAACAGCCAAGAAUGAGCUGGGAUUUCGCUUUUCAAGCCCCGAGGGCAAGCUUACCGGCCAUUCCUUUCGCUCUUUAGGCUACGUCAGAGAUCAAUCCACAUCCAAAUCGCGUUACGAAGAUGGGAUGUUCAUGGAGAGACAAGGAUAUAUGCUCGCAGCUCUAGACCUAGGUGUGGGUGAGAAAAUAUACGGUUUGGGUGAACGAUUCGGUCCGUUCGUCAAGAACGGGCAGACGGUCGAUAUUUGGAAUGAGGACGCAGGCACCUCGUCCAAUAUGGCCUACAAGAACAUACCUUUUUAUCUUACCUCUGCUGGAUAUGGUGUAUUUAUCAACCAUCCAGGGCGGGUGAGUUUGGAGGUCCAAUCCGAGCGAACAACACGAGUGAAUGUCUCCGUUGCUGGUGAGGAGAUCGAAUACUUCAUUAUCUACGGCCCUACACCAAAGGAUAUACUGAAGCGUUAUACCCAACUCACCGGCCAACCUGCUCUGGUGCCUGCGUGGAGCUAUAACCUUUGGCUGACGACCAGCUUCACUACCAACUAUGACGAGCAGACAGUAACGGGAUUUUUGGAUGGCUUCCGGCAGCGGGAUAUUCCCCUUGGCGUGUUCCACUUUGACUGCUUCUGGAUGAAAUCUUUCCAGUGGUGCGAUUUCGACUUCGACUCCUCUAUGUUCCCUGAUCCUGCUGGGUAUUUGCAGCGAUUGAAGGAUAGGGGGUUGAAGAUUUCUGUGUGGAUCAACCCGUAUAUUGGCCAGGCGUCCCCUCUAUUCAAGGAAGGGAAGAAACAUGGAUAUUUCAUCAAGCGUCUAGAUGGUGCUGUUUGGCAGUGGGAUCUUUGGCAGGCUGGUAUGGCAAUUGUUGACUUCACAAACCCUGAAGCUGUACGAUGGUAUUCGAACCACCUUGAGCGACUGAUGGAUCUUGGUGUGCAUUCAUUCAAGACUGAUUUCGGCGAGAGAAUACCCUUUAAGAACGUUCGAUACCACAACGACGCCGAUCCCACGCUGAUGCAUAACUACUACGCAUUCCUAUAUAAUAAGAUUGUGUACGACGUCAUGACCAAGCGGACUGGCAAAUCUCAGAGUCUUUUGUUUGCGCGCAGCGCAGCUCCAGGAGGGCAGCAGUUCCCUGUUCAUUGGGGAGGUGAUUGUGAAAGUACUUUCGAGGCGAUGGCCGAGUCUCUCCGCGGGGGUCUUUCCCUAAUGCUCUCAGGGUAUAUUUUCUGGGCGUCAGAUAUUGGUGGCUUUGAAGGGACGCCUUCGCCAGCUUUAUAUAAGCGUUGGGUCCAAUUUGGACUGUUAUCCUCACAUUCGCGCCUGCACGGCUCAUCAUCAUACCGUGUGCCCUGGAUUUACGGCGAGGAUUGCAGUGAAGUUUUACGGGACUGCACUAAGCGGAAGAUCAUGCUCACCCCAUAUUUACUGCAAGAAGCUUUAGAGGGUCAUCGUACUGGAACACCUCUUAUGAGGGCAAUGUUUCUGGAAUUCCCUAAGGAUUUGAACACAUACUCUCUUGACACACAGUAUAUGCUUGGAAGCAAUCUGCUAGUCGCACCGGUGUUUAACGAGGAAGGUCGGGUAACCUUUUAUGUCCCUCAUGACGGUGAUGAGAACGAUAACGCCCAAGGAAAGUGGAGAUCUUGGUUUGACUAUUCCAAGACAUAUGAGUGUGGUCGCUGGUAUACUGAGACCCAUGGGUUUGACACCUUGCCGAUACUUAUACGACCGGGAUCCAUCACUCCUGUUAACUCAAGACUUGAAAAGCCAGAAGAUGAUUCCCUUGAUGGCCUGGAGCUGUUAGUAAACGGGGCUAUUGCUGGCAAAAAGGAAAUUGAAAUAGUCAAUCCGGGCAAGACGCAUGAGGUCUUGAAGGUUAUACAAGUGACAUCAGCUCCAGAGACUUCCGAAAAGGUCAAGCUCAAUGAUGCCAGUAUUAAAAUUACCCAGUUGGAGUGA